CACUUGGAGACUCCGCCCUUUGAAGCCCCUCGUCGCCCGGAAUAACGAUGGCGGCCUCCGCCGGUGCGAUGGAUCUGGCAGAGAAGGCAAAAGGGAAAUAUGCUGCUCUCUCCUUUGCCACCAUUGCUGUUGUGGUCGGGCUGCCCCUCUGGUGGAAAACAACAGAGACCAACCGGGCCUCGCUUCCUUAUUCCGAGAUCGCCAACUUGGACACCCUAAUGUUCCAGCUGACUGUGCCGAUCUCAGUUGUGGUUGCCAAGGGGACUCUGCUGGGGGCCCAGGAGAGGAAGCUCCCCUUUAGAGAGAGUCAGGAGGCCGAGACUCCCUUAAACCCGAAGACCAGCGUCACGGCCCACUAUCAGAUCACCUAUCGGCGUGCCACUCCCCAGGAAGAACAGGUGCUGACCUCAGGGCAAGGCGCUGGUGAUGUGGUGCUACCAGCCCAAGAGACCCCGGCAGGUUCGCUCACCGUCUAUGUGAUACCCUCUAGUUCGCUUCUUUUGCCACAGGAGACUACCAUGUACAUCAGCAAGCAUCGCAGCGCCAUAAUUCGAGCCCCGCAAGGUGCCGCAGACGUGCUGGUAGCCGUGAGUGCACAAAUACAGCAGGUGACUCGGGUCAUGUCCUUCUCGGCUGAGUCCAUCACCGGAGCCCUCUCUGACCGCAUGCCCAUCCUCCAGCCGGGGACUGAGUGGAAGCGGCCCUUCAAAUCCAGCUUAGGGUAUGAGAUCACCUUUAGCUUGCUAAAUCCUGAUCCCAAAGCCCAUGACGUCCACUGGGACAUCGAGGGAGCCACCCGUCGCUACGUGGAGCCCCUCCUGGGCAAACUGAGAUCGGUGGCAGAGAUCUCUGUGGACUCACAGAUCCUCUACUAUGCAGCACUGGGGGUCACGCCCCGUUUUGAUGCGCCUUCCUCUAGCUACAUACUCAGUGCACACAGCCUGCCCCAUGUCAUUAACCCCGUGGAAGCCAGGCUAGGUUCCAGCGCUGCCUCGCUCUACCCGGUGCUCAACUUCCUACUGUAUGUGCCAGAACGUUCGCACUCGCCUCUCUACAUCCAGGACAAAGAUGGCACCGCUGUGCCAACCAACGCUUUCCACAGCCCACGCUGGGGUGGGAUCAUGGUAUACAAUAUUGAGCCAGAGGCAGCCAAUGAGACGUCCUUCCCAAGGCGCGUGAAUGUUGACAUGGUUCGGGUGAUGGAAGUGUUUCUGGCCCAGCUACGGUUGCUGUUUGGGAUUCUGCCAGUUCCACUUCCAGAGAGGGCCAUGCUGGAAAGCUUUGGGAACGAGGGCCUCUCUGCCUGGGAGCUGGAUCGCCUCCUGUGGGCCCGCACCGUUGAGAACGUGGCCACUGUGGCCACCACCCUGACCUCACUGGCCCAGCUGCUAGAGAAGAUUAGCAACAUCGUGAUCCGGGAUGAUGUCGCAUCACAGGUGUUUCGAGCUGUGGAGUCGGCCCAGAAGGCACUGUUGGACUUGGGUAUGGGACACUUGGAGCCUGCCUUCCAGGCCAGCAAAGACGCCGUCAUGUCCUCCGAACGGGCCUUUUUCGACCCGUCGCUCCUGCAUCUCUUGUAUUUCCCUGAUGACCAGAAGUUCGCCAUCUACAUUCCCCUCUUCCUCCCAAUGGCCGUUCCCAUCCUGCUGUCCCUGGCGAAGAUCCUGCGAGAGGCCAGGCAGAGCAAGAAAGCUGCCACCAAAAUGGACUGAGGCCCCUCCUUGACUCUUGUGCAUGUGGACAGUUGUGGGGUGAAGAACUGGGGAAGGGAAAGCUCUGUCCAACGAAGAGGAGGCAUGCGGUACCUGGUGUGGCAGUAUUCAUGGCUAGUCUCUGAGAGGGCUCCUCCAGUAGAGAAAAUGCAGCUCAGCCUUUACUGGAGGGGGGCAGAACAGAGUGGUCCUUCUGGGGAGGGGUCACCUGAAGUGGGCUUUGCUGGCACUUCUGUGAUUCGCUGCGGCAGGAAGGAAGGAAGAGCUGCAGUAGCUCAGGGUGGCGCCUUCCCAACCCACCAAGGGUUACAAGGAAAACUACUUGGGGCACACAAGAGGCACUCUGGAGGGCGGGGGGCAUUUUCCAAGGCCCUCACCCCAGCUCUCCAAGGAACUGGCUGGCUCCGGGGCAAAAGGGCUGCUGGCGUAACCCUGCUGACUAGCCUGGAGCAUGGGGCUAGUGGGGGGGGGAGGGGGCUGCCUCUUCUGUAUUGACAGGCAACAUCUUGGGUUCGUAAUAAAAGCCCCCCUGUCUGGAA